AGAACUUUAAAGACUAAUUUGUUUGCAUUUUCAUUUGGCUACUCCCGUUUAUAUUACUAGUUUUAGCGUCACUUCCCGUAGGGUGACAUUUGACCUGUCUAGCAGGGUCAUUGAUUGGAACUUGUGAGUUGUAAAUUGGAAGAGAGGAUUUUUUUUUGGUUUUCCAUAAACAUGUAGAAAUUAAACAAACACUUUUUGCGAUUUUGUUUAGCACGGUUAUAAUUUUGAGAUCUGUGUUCCAAGGACCAUCUAAGUUAACUGAACACGAUAAGCACACGGUUUAGCGUGGUGUAUGCCUUCUUGAAUUAAUAAAGGUAAUACACCCCGUGCGGCUGUGACAACUACUGUGUUUAACAUGGGGGGGAAAAAGAAGAAAAGCGAAACUCCGCCGACUGCAACUGCAGCAUCAGCCACUGAAGCUCCCACGACGACCCCAGCUAAGAAACGGCAACCGGUCGGAAAAUCUGCUCCAAAGGAAGGCAAAGCUAAAGGGCCAAACACUUACAGCUUUGCUGGUGGUCCAUCAAGUGAAACAGGGACAACUUCCCUUCAUGAUAAAUCUGUUCUCAAGGUUUUUAUUCAGAAUAAUCUUGAACAAAAAAUAAUAGCAUUAAUUAACGGAUAUGUGAAACACUAUGGAUAUGCAAGGCCAAUCUCAGGAAGAAUAACAAGCAAAAAACUACUGGAUUUAUAUACUGCUUUGCAAGAGUUUGCAUUUCAACCUGAGCAUAUUGAAGAAGCAAUGAAGAAUUCUGUUUUAUGUGGUGGUGAUCUUCAUUCUGCAUUGGACUGGCUUUGUCUGAAUCUUCGAGAUGAUCAACUUCCAGAAGGCUUUAGCCAAAAACUUUUGGAAGAGGAGGAAAAGAAGGCCAAACCAAGGUUUCAGCCACCUCCAGAAGUGAAGCCAGAAGCAGAGAGUAGGAGCAUCCAACAAAAGGCCCAAACACAGGCAAAAGUUACAGAAACUGUCAGUAUGAAAGACUGGAUACUUCGGUAUGCAGAACAAACAAGUGAUGAAGAACCAAAUGAAGCUUUAAACUGUCCAGAGGAUGAAGAGUUUGAUCCAAAUGAUCGAUACCUUCUGCUGACAGCCCAGCUACUAGAUGCUAAAGAGCUGGCAGCUUCUGCAAAACAGAAGAAUGACAAGAUGGGCCAACGAUCAGCACAAGACAGAAUACGAGUAAUUCAGCAAGAAAUGAGACCUUUAGAAUCCCAUCCACUUUUUAACAAAUCUAUAAAAUAUAGUGAAGUACCAAAAGAAGUAAUUAAGCCUGUCAACCAUUCGGAGGACAACAGUGCCUUAAACUUGGAUUUAUUUGAAAAGGCUGCAUCAUCUACAGAGAAUAAAGUAAAAAAUAAAGAACCUAAAGACAUAAGAAACUUUGACUAUACAACACGUAGCUGGACAGGCAAAUCACCUAAACAAUUUCUUAUUGACUGGUGCAGGAAAAAUCUGCCCAAAAGUCCACAGCCAACGUUUGAGAAGGUCCCUGUUGGUAAAUACUGGAAAUGCAGGGUGCGUAUUAACAAGUUGAAGGAUGGCAUGCUUGAAGUAUGUCCCACAAUACUCACUGAAGACAGCAUGCAAGCACAACAUCUAGGGGCCACAUUGGCUCUUUAUACCUUAGUAAAGGGGCAGUCCGUGCACCAGUUGCUGCCUCCAACGUACAGAGAUGUCUGGCUGGAAUGGAGUGAUAGUGAGAAAAAAAAAGAAGAGCAGAAUAAACUUGAAACUAACAAGCCACGGGACCAAUUUAUUACAAAGCUGCUCAAUACAAUAAAACAGCAGCAGCAGCAACUGCCAAGUGCUGUUGACAAUAAAAACGAACCAGAGGAUUCUUGGGAAGAUUUGGUUACUGAUGAAGACUUUGAAAAAAUAUCAUUAAAUCAGGUGAAUCAUGAUGAUUUGGAGGCUGCAAGGGCACUUUUCACAAAACUACAGUCAUCAUCCAUAUAUAAGAGAAUACUGAGGGACAGGGAGCAGCUACCUGUAUAUCAACACAAAGAUAAAGUUAUGGAGAUCAUAUUGAGAAACCGUGUAGUCAUUGUGGCAGGAGAGACAGGAAGUGGAAAGAGCACCCAGAUACCUCAGUUUAUUUUAGAGAGUAUUCUAAUGAGACAAUCUGAAUCACAGAAAUGCAAAAUUGUUUGUACUCAGCCCCGGAGGAUCUCCGCCAUGAGUCUGGCAGUCAGAGUUUCAGAAGAACUUGGCUGUGAAGAUGGAGCAGGAACAAAGAACUCAAUGUGUGGUUAUCAAAUAAGAAUGGAGACAAAAGCCAGUGAAUCCACAUGCAUACUUUACUGUACUACAGGUGUUCUGCUCAGGAAGUUACAAAACGAUGGUCUUCUUAGUCAUAUUUCUCAUGUAAUUGUUGAUGAGGUGCAUGAGAGAAGUGUACAGUCUGACUUCCUGCUGAUCAUUCUGAAAGAGAUUCUUCAGAAGCGGUCUGACCUUCAUGUAAUCUUAAUGAGUGCCACAGUUGAUUGUGAUAAAUUUGCAAAGUAUUUUGGUCACUGCCCAGUGGUGAGAAUUCCUGGUAGGACUUUCCCAGUAGAGGUUUUCUAUCUUGAAGAUGUGGUAGAACAAACUGGGUAUAAUUUGGAGCAGGACUCAGAAUAUUGUCAGAAAUUCCUAGAAGAGGAAGAAGAAAUUAAUGUAAAUGUCACAGGAAAAGGAGGCAGGACUCAAAUACAUCAGGAAUUUAUUGUAAAAGAUUCUGGAAGUUGUUGUGAAACAGGAACACAUUUGCAAGACUACAGCAAACGCACAAGGCACACUCUACAGUAUAUGAAUCCAAAUAAAAUAAACAUGGAUCUCAUUUUAGACCUUCUGGAAUAUUUGGACAGGACUCCACAGUUUAAAGAAGUCAAUGGAGCAGUCUUAAUAUUUCUGCCUGGUUUGGCACACAUUCAGCAACUCUAUGACUUGCUUACCCAUGAUAAAAGGUUCCGUUCAAAAGAGCGGUAUAAAGUAAUUGCUCUGCACUCCAUUCUUUCAUCUCAAGAUCAAGCUGCUGCCUUCACGCUUCCACCUCUUGGAGUCAGAAAGAUUGUUUUAGCAACCAACAUUGCUGAAACGGGAAUCACCAUUCCUGAUGUUGUCUUUGUUAUUGACUCUGGAAAGACUAAAGAAAACAGGUACCAUGAAAGCAGCCAAAUGAGUUCCUUGGUUGAGACAUUUGUUAGUAAGGCAAGUGCUCACCAGAGACAAGGUAGAGCUGGACGUAUUAGGGAGGGUUUCUGUUUCCGUUUGUUUAGCCAAGAAAGGUAUGAAAGCUUAAGUGACUAUUCUGUUCCAGAAAUUUUGCGAGUACCAUUAGAAGAGCUCUGUCUGCACAUAAUGAAAUGUAAUUAUGGAUCUCCGGAAGAUUUUCUAUCAAGAGCACUUGACCCUCCACAGACCCAAGUUGUCAGUAAUGCUAUGAAUUUACUAAGAAGAAUUGGCGCUUGUGAUACAGACCUUCCCAGACUUACUCCUCUGGGACAACAUUUAGCGGCAUUACCUGUCAAUGUGAAGAUUGGAAAGAUGCUGAUUUUUGGAGCCAUAUUUGGCUGUUUGGAACCUAUUGCAACUAUAGCUGCUGCAAUUUCAGAAAAGUCCCCAUUUAUUACACCAGUGAACAAAAAAGAUGAUGCCAACCUGGCAAAAGCAACUUUAGAAUUGGCCAAUUCAGAUCACCUAACAGUUUACAAUGCAUACUUAGGGUGGAAAAGGGCACGCUAUGAAGGUUCUGGUGCAGAAAUGAACUAUUGCAGGAGACAUUUUUUAAGCAGGACGGCUCUUCUGACUAUUGAGGAUGUAAAGCGUGACCUGAUUAAAAUGGUUGAAAUGGUGGGGUUCAUCUCUUCAAAGUCUAAGUUUCCCAAAACAACUGAAGCUGAUUUUUCAAAGAAGUCACUGUCACUGGAAGAAAUUUGUCUACUUAAAUCUGUGUUGACAGCAGGGCUUUAUGACAGUGUUGGCAGAAUCAUUUGCAACCCGUCAGUUGAUGUCGCUGAAAAAAAUGUGUGUAUUUCUGAAACGGCACAAGGAAAAGCUCAAGUCCACCCCUCAUCUGUUAACCGGGACUUGCAGGUUUAUGGCUGGUUACUUUACCAGGAAAAGGUGAAGUAUUCCAAGGUGUAUAUUCGUGACACCACACUGAUAUCUCCAUUUCCUAUACUGCUUUUUGGUGGAGCCAUUGGAUUGCAACAUCGUGAGCGAUUGAUUACAGUGGACAACUGGAUCCAUUUUCAGGCACCAGUAAGAAUUGGAGUUAUUUUUAAGCAGUUGCGAAGAUUAAUAGAUGCCAUUCUUCAGAAAAAGUUGGAAAACCCAAAGCUGUGUGUUGAAGAUGACAGCACCAUACAAACCAUUACUGAGCUGAUUAAAAGUGAAAAUGCUUCAUGAUUCUCAUCUACAGGUUGAUUUCCAGCAGUUAUACAGAGGAUUUUUUUUUCUUUCAAAGGAAUGUGCCAAAACUAUUUAUUAAAGACUUACACAAUUUU